AUGGCUUCAGGCGGUGAUGGGACAAUGCUGGCAGCGGUCGUGGAACAGUUCGGCCAGCCGUACGCGCUGAAACGUAUCCCGCGGCCGGGCGAGCCUCAGGGCCAAGACCUGCUCAUCAAGGUGCUGGCAGCGUCGUACUGCCACACGGACGCCGUCUUCGCCGCGGGCGGCAUGUUCCAGGAGCUGCCCCGCGUCGGCUGCCACGAGUUCGCGGGUGAGAUAGUCGCCGCCGGCCCGGACGUGGCAGCGGGCGACGGGCUUGCGGUGGGCACCCGCGUGGGCGUCCCGGGCCGGGCCUACCACCCUUGCGGCUCCUGCUACGAGUGCACCCACCCCGGACAGGACAGGCCUGGCUACUCGCCGUACUGCCCCAAGGCCCUUAACAACGGCCUCACCCGCGACGGGGGGUUUCAGGAGUACUGUAUCGUCGACAGCCGGCAGGUGGCUCCCCUCCCCGACGGCCUGGCUGCCGUCCAGGCCGCGCCUCUGAUGUGCGCUGGGGUGACUAUAUGGUCUGCUCUGCAGCACGAGAAGGUCCGCGGCGCUCGCAAGGUGGCGAUCCUGGGCGCGGGCGGGGGUCUCGGCCACCUCGGCGUGCAGUUCGCCGCGCAUCUUGGCAAGGAGGUUCUCGCGGUGGACGCCGACGACGCCGCACUCGGACUGCUCGAACGUGUCAAGUUCAGUCUGGGUCCUGCGGGGGCAUCUGUCCACAUCGUCGACGGGCGCAAGCAAUCUGUAAAGGACAUGCAGGCGCUGAUACAGGGUGAAGUGGCACCCGGGACGCCCGACUCAGAGCUUGGUCUGGAUGCGGCGGUCUUGCUGCCCGAGUCGCAGGCGGCUUUUGAUCAGGGCAUGGCGCUGUUGAGAAACCACGGUGUCAUGGUGGUUGUGAGCUUCCCCCAGAAGAAGCUUGAAGUCAGUGCGUCCGACCUUGUCUUCCGCGAUAUCAGCCUUGUCGGGAGUCUCGUUGGGAGAAAUCACCAGAUCCGGGAGAUGCUGCAAUUCGCCCAGAAACAUGAGGUGCAAGCGACGGUACAGGCAUACAAGUUCGGGGACAUAAAUCAACUCGUACAGGACUCUCAUAAGGGAGGAGCAGGGAAGUUGGUUGUGGACAUGACCAUGUAG